CUGUCCACAGGUUGUAAAAUAAAUUCAUUGCACAAUCUACAGAUCAGAAUUCAAAGCCUUUAGCCCAGAAGCAGCUGGGCCUUGUAGGUGUUUGCUCAUGACCUUUUCUCUCACCCCACCCUGGGGUUCUUGGGAGGAGCUGAGGUCUGAGCUGCAGUGCCAGGAUGCUGCUCUCUCAGUGGCAGCAUUCGGCUGCCUUCCUGGGUCCCGUGACAUCCUUCUUGCUCAACCUCAGAGUGCACAGGAUGGAAACGGCUCUCCCCUAUUUGGAAGACAGUGCGUGGCUCGCCUUUGUAGAGCUGUAGUUGGAGACUGAAGCAGCAACCCCUUUCUCAGACUUUCUGUAGCCAGUCUGUGUUGGAAGGAAGGGAAACACUCCAUGCCCCACAGGCACGAGAAGAUGGAAGGACUAGUGGUAGGCCGGGCUCUCAGGCUCUUCCGCCACCGGCUGCCCCGGCUCCGAGCAGACUGUCCCCAGGAAAAUCCAGGGGACCCUGCGAAGGAACCUGAAAGAGCCCAGGAGCACCCCCUGCCCAACUUUGCUGGAGGACAGCACUUCUUUGAAUACCUUCUCGUGGUUUCUCUCAAAAAAAAGCGUUCUGGGGAUGAUUAUGAGCCCACGAUCACCUACCAGUUUCCCAAGAGGGAGAACCUGCUUCGGGGCCAACAGGAGGAGGAGGAGAGACUGCUCAGCGCCAUCCCCUUAUUCUGCUUCCCAGAUGGGAAUGAGUGGGCGCCACUCACUGAGUAUCCCAGGGAAACAUUCUCCUUCGUUCUGACCAAUGUGGAUGGGAGCAGGAAGAUUGGAUACUGCAGGCGCCUCUUGCCUGCUGGCCGUGGCCCUCGCCUUCCCAAAGUGUACUGCAUCAUCAGCUGCAUCGGCUGCUUCGGCUUGUUCUCCAAGAUCCUGGAUGAAGUGGAGAAGAGGCACCAGAUCUCCAUGGCUGUCAUCUACCCGUUCAUGCAGGGCCUCCGAGAGGCAGCCUUUCCUGCUCCUGGGAAGACUGUCACCCUUAAGAGCUUCAUCCCUGACUCGGGCACUGAGUUCAUCUCAUUGACACGGCCCCUGGACUCCCACCUAGAACACGUGGAUUUUAGUUCUCUGUUGCACUGUCUCAGUUUUGAGCAGAUUCUGCAGAUCUUUGCCUCAGCAGUGCUGGAGAGAAGAAUCAUCUUCCUGGCAGAAGGUCUCAGCACCCUGUCUCAGUGCAUCCAUGCUGCCGCUGCACUGCUCUACCCCUUCAGCUGGGCACACACCUACAUUCCUGUUGUCCCUGAGAGCCUUCUGGCCACCGUUUGCUGCCCCACACCCUUCAUGGUUGGAGUACAAAUGCGGUUUCGGCAGGAGGUUAUGGACAGCCCCAUGGAAGAGGUCCUGCUGGUCGAUCUUUGUGAAAGAACGUUCUUAAUGUCAGUUGGUGAUGAAAAAGACAUUUUACCACCCAAGCUUCAAGAUGAAAUCUUACACUCUCUUGGUCAAGGGACCAAUGAGUUAAAGACUUCAGAACAAAUCAACGAGCAUGUGUCAGGCCCUUUUGUGCAGUUCUUUGUCAAGACUGUGGGCCACUAUGCUUCCUAUAUCAAGCGGGAGGCAAUCGGGCAAGGCCACUUCCAAGAACGGUCCUUCUGUAAGGCUCUGACCUCCAAGGCCAACCGUCGUUUUGUGAAGAAGUUUGUGAAGACACAGCUCUUCUCCCUUUUCAUCCAGGAAGCUGAGAAGAGCAAGAACCCUCCUGCAGGCUAUUUCCAACAGAAAAUACUUGAAUAUGAGGAACAGAGGAAACAGAAGAAAUCAAGAGACAAAACUGUGAAGUAAGCUGUGGUGAACAGAAGAGACUAAACCUACAAGCCAGUUCUGGACUUCAGCCCAUACCAGCAUGGUAGGGCCAGCAAAGCACUCAACUCCCAGCAUCCACAGCCUCCUUCCAAGUCCUGGUAACCAGGUCUUGCUUCAAGCUGGAAUCCGAGUUUGGAAUCUGUGGAAUCAGCUUUCUCAGGUCUCUGGUCCCUGUGCUUACAGAACUGGACUCAAAGCUAUGCUGUUUUGCAGAGGUGACACAGAGUAGGGAAACUGUAGUGCAGGUGUUAUACAGGCUUGUUUAGAAGUUGCUGGAACUACCCUCUCCCAGGAACCACUACUACAAAACUUCUAAGCGGAGAAAGCAGUUGUGGCCCAAAGACUCACCUCUUCAACAGAGAAAGAGAUCUGUGGACAUGUGAGAAUGAGAAUAAAGAUGAAAAUCUUCUUGCUAUUUA